GUCUUUUACAAAUGUUUGAUCAAUUCCAAUAUUUCUUCAAUACAUUGAUGUUUAUUGAUUUUAAUCCAUUUAAAUGAUAUAGCUACAGUCAUACACUACACGUAUAUUGGAUUUCGUCGCUUAUCGUUGUUACUGUACUUCUGUUAAGUACUGCUGGGGUUUCUUGAUGUCUUGCGCGGUCAUCAACCCUGUCAUAUUUUGUAAAUUAAAUACCAACAUCGAUCUGUGAUUGGUGAAUGGGGCGAGGAUUGCCUGGAUUUGGAGGUUCUAGUUUCCCAGUGUCUCCAAAUUUGUUUAUUCCUAUAAAAUGUGAAUGAAAUAAGAUACUAAAAGAGAAGAGUACAUUUCUCAACUGGAUUGAGAGACUCUAAGAUGCAGAACAAGGGAGACAGUUUUGAACAGAAACGAAUUGAAAUUGAGACAUGGCUUCAAAGAAUGGAAUCCAGGCUAGCUGUUUUGGCACCUGUAGGUCAUACUGCGGAUGUAUUGGAAGUACAACUUAGGGAACAAAAGGCCUUACAUGCCGAAUUACAUCAUUUCAAAGCACAAAUUGAAGCUUUUCAACUUUUAACUCAAAGACUGAUAACUGCCCAUCAACAUGAAGAUACUAGCCGAUACAAGAAGGCUAACAACCAAUCUAACUUUCACUUUUUCAAGUCUGCAGAAUAUAUUAAUCAGCAUUAUACUCGUCUCGAUGCAUGCAUCAUCAAUAGAGGGAAACUUUUGCACUCGGCUUUGAGUUCUCUCCAAAAUCUGGACCGAUCUCUAGAUAAAUUUCUUGCUUGGUUAAGUGAGGCUGAGUCUGUCGUGGAGACUUUAGAGGGUGAAGUAGAAUCGAGGAGAGCCACACAGCAAUUGAAAGAAUUGCAGGCGGAUAUCGAAAGGCAGACUACGACUCAUGCUGCUUUGAAAGCUGCUAGCAUGACACUUUUGGGAUCGCUCGCACCAGAAGAUGCUUUAAUGCUUCAGUUAAGGGGUGACGAGAUGGAACGUAGAUGGCAGGCUUUGAAAACGCACACAUCUGACCUCAAAAAUCGUUUAGAACAUAAUGCAGAUUAUUGGGGUGCAUUGCUUCUUUCUUUGAGGGAAUUAACUGAAUGGGUAAUAAGGAAGGAUACAGAAUUGGGCUUGGCAGCCCGUCAAGAUGAUCACAGAGCAUUCAGACAACAACUGGAAGAUAAAAGACCUCUGGUUGAAUCUAGUCUGAGAAGUGCCAGACAAUUUGUGGCUGGUGACCCUUCUAGCGAUUUGGCUAGGAAUCUUCGUAGGGAAUUGGUUAAGUUGUCGGAUAAAUGGAAUUCUCUAAUAGAUAAAUCUGACAAAUUAGCAACUAGAUUGGAGCAGAAUAAUGCAAAAUUAAAACUCCUCACUAUGAAUUUGGAAGAGGCUUCUACUGCUGUUUCUCGUCUUGAGAAAGCAACUUUGAGUUGGAGUGGUCCAAGAAGUGCUGCUGAAGCUAGAGAACUUCUGAAAAGCUUAAAGAAUCUUGAAACUCAACUUCCUCCUCUGCAAAGAUCACUGGAAGAAGCUCAAAUGCAGGCUGCAACUCUCAGUGGUUCUUUACCAAACAAUUUAGCGUCUCAGUUAGAAGAUUGUAGUGCUAGAUGUCGAGCUCUGCAGAAUGCCAUCAGGGAGAGAAGGGAACAGUUGACUAACAGUACUCAAGGAGCUGUUUCACCAGGUCCUCCAAGCGUUCAACCACCAUGGGAAAGAGCAUCUACGCCAAACAAAGUGCCAUAUUACAUAAAUCAUAGCACAGAAACAACACAUUGGGAUCAUCCUCAAAUGCUAGAUCUAGCAGCCCACCUGCUCCAACUUAACGAAGUUCGUUUCUCCGCUUAUAGGACAGCCUUGAAACUGAGAUCACUUCAGAAUAAACUCUGUUUAGAUUGUGUACCGCUCAUGACUGCAUCGGAAGCCUUCGAUUUGCACGGUUUACGCGGGCAAAACGAUAGAAUUCUGGACAUAGCCGAUAUGGUUCUUAUUUUGAGAGCGAUUUUCGAAAGUGCAGCAGCCGAACAUCCUAAUGUGGUGGACAUUCCGCUUUGUGUCGAUUUGGCUUUGAAUUGGAUGCUGAAUGUUUACGACAGUCAACGUACUGGACAAAUAAGAGUGCUUAGCUUCAAGGUCGGUCUUGUUAUACUAUCCAAAGGACACUUAGAAGAAAAGUAUAGAUACUUAUUUCGGCUGAUAGCCGAUCCUCAGCAGAAAGCAGAUCAAAGAAAGUUAGGUUUACUUUUACACGAUGUACUUCAAGUUCCCAGGCAACUCGGUGAAGUAGCUGCCUUUGGUGGUUCAAACAUUGAGCCAAGCGUUCGGAGUUGCCUAGGCGAUAGAGAAGAUUUAGAAGUUACCCAUUUCUUAGCUUGGUUGAACCAGGAACCUCAAUCAUUAGUAUGGUUACCAGUUUUACACAGGCUAGCUGCAGCUGAAUCUGCUAAACAUCAAGCAAAAUGUAACGCUUGCAAGCAGUAUCCUAUAGUAGGGCUUAGAUAUAGGUGUCUCAAAUGUUUCAAUUUUGACAUGUGUCAAGCUUGCUUCUUUUCUGGACGUCUGACAAAAAGCCAUAAACUUUCACAUCCAAUGCAUGAAUAUUGCGCAGCUACUACUUCAAUCGAAGAUAUGCGCGACUUUACAAAAGCUUUGAAGAACAAGUUCAAAAGUAAGCGAUACUUUAUGAAGCAUCCUAGAGUUGGUUACCUCCCGGUGAGAUCGGUACUGGAAGGGGAUGAACUAGAGAGUCCAGUGGCGUCACCGCAACACAAUGAUAUGCACUCAAGACUGGAAAUUUAUGCUAGUCGUUUAGCAGAGGUAGAAUUGAGGGCAGCAUCUCCUGAUGACGAACAUAGAUUAAUAGCUGAUUAUUGUCAGUCUUUGGAAGGUGCACCUGCAAGUCCUGGGCAGCUUAUGAUGGUAAUUGAUGAAGAACAGAGGGCGGAACUGCAAGAUAUGAUCAGGGAAUUAGAAGCUGAAAAUGUGGCUUUACUACAGGAAUACGAACAGCUGCAGAGGGGAACUGCUCCACAACCUCCUCAACAACCUCAACAUGAUGUUCUGGCUGAGGCAAGACUCCUGAGACAGCACAAAGGACGUUUGGAAGCUAGGAUGCAAAUCCUCGAGGACCAUAAUAGGCAGCUUGAAGCACAAUUACAAAGAUUAAGGCAACUUUUAGAUGAACCCUCGACAUCAACAUUACAAACUCGAAGUGUUACUGCUUCCCAACUCAAUCAAGAUAAUCCUGGUAGAGUAAGUCAACCUCCUCCACCUGCAGAUCAUCGUUAACAACGCACAUAACUGUCUUUCCCCAAACCAUAUCGCCACAAUGCUUGACUAUCAUAUCCAGUUAGAGUGAUUCGGAAUAGAAUGAAAUGAAUUAUUAGAGAAAGCUUUAAAUGUGAAGAUGUCACAAAGAAUCUUCCAUGAAAAUUCGAAUGGACUGAUAAUUUGAGAAGUCUUGUUCGGUAUAAUUCCGUUGAAGCUGAAAAUGUUGAAAUUGAAAAAAGUAGGGUAGGAAUUGAAUGUGAAAGAUAAUAAUAGAAAUGAGUAUUUAAUAGUGCUAACAUUUGAUGGGUAUUGCUUUGUUUGAAUGUUGGUUAUGGAUGAUCCUUGGAUACCCAAAGCAUUAGACAAGUUUGAUAAUUGCAUUAAAGUGAAACAAUGCAACAAUCAAAACAUCUGAGUUCCCUUUCAAUGUUGUAGUGGGGAUGGUGACAGUUGCUGCCUGCGCUAGCGCUGCGGUUUGAAUAUUAGUCGCUCUCCAAUAGGUUAGGAAAAUUUUAUUCAAUUUUAUCCCCACUUCGACAUUGAAAGAGAACUCUUGUUUAUUCGAUUUCGUAUCACCCAGAUGCUUUGAUUAUUGCACUAUUCUACUGAACCACAAGUAUUCUCUGGAAUAACUUUAUGAAAGGAAAAAUGAGGCUACUUGAUGGUUACUAGAAAAGUUAAUAUUUGUGGACAUAUCCCUCAAAGAGUAGCGCUAACCGUAAUUCAACCGUAACCUCAAUUUUCCUCUUAGGUUCGGUUAGGUUCGGUAACCACGCCCACUCGGCUUGGCAGUUGUCAUUUUAAGUUUUAGGUUAUCGUUUAUGACCUUUUUCAUGACAUCUAACUAAGAUGCAUAGAAAACCUGGCGUGUCUACUUAUACCUGUAAAACUUUCAGUCAAAUCAGGAGAUUUUUCAGACUUAUGCAUACUUGAUUUCGAGGAAUCAAGUCUGUUGCAGAUGGUGCAUACAGCGUUUAUAUUUGAUAUUUCUCGCGAUUCUCGACUCUCGAGACCUUUGAGUAUAGAAUAUAGUAUUAUAUAUUGUAUGCUCGUGACAAUCUUUUAUACUCUGAAGAGCGCCACCUUACAGAACUCUUAUAAGCAGAACACCAAAGCAACAGGUGUAAUAUCUCAAAAAGUCUGAAACAAAAUCGAAUCAGUACACACACCAGGGAUUCUGUGCAUCUUACAUCUAACACUCAAAUUCAAAAAAAACUACUUGACCUUGGAGUUUGGCCAUUUCAAGGUCAAGUAGAUUCUUUGAAUAGGGAAUUUACAUUUUUUUUUACAGAAUCUUAUUCUUAAGUAAGACUUAAUUCCUUCUUCUUUGUAUCUCUUUGCACAUCUAUAUUUUAUUGGAUUAUUGAGUUGAGUUCUGUUAAGUGAACAGCAGUGAUAUCGACUAAUCUCAGUUCAACAGCAUUUGACCCAAUCAUUGAACAAACCAUGUAGUUUUGUUGAAUCGAAGAUAGCUUGGCUCUUACAACAGGGCAUCGAGACCUCUAUCUUUAAAUCUUUUUGAAGCAUCUUCAUCGGAAAGCAUUUAGUUUCAAAACCACCAGUCGAUUGAGCAGUGGGAUAAAUGCCUGUGACGAUAGUGUCAAUUUUAACAUUUGGGGUUCCUUGAAUCGAUGUGGGAAAUAUAUGACAGCAUGAAUAUAGUAGAAAAACAUUUAUCAUGACUGAUGAAAGCUUCGAAAUAAGUGAUUGGAAGUAAAGGAUAAAAUUAAACUCUAGAUAAUACAAGAAAUAUUGCAUUUAAGUAGAUUUGUUGUUUUAGAGGAGAAAUAAUAGAUGAUAACAUUUUCUGUAGCAAUUCCCGUCCUAUAUGUUGUGCAUAACCGAAGAAUCUAGGGAAUUCAAUUAGGAAAUGAAUGGAAGGUUUUUUGUGGCGUUUUAUACUGAAAAUAGAUCGAAAUUCGAUUUAUUGCAUUUUAUAAGAUAUAUUUAUAUUGAUUGAUUCUCAUUUUUUAUAUUUUCGAGAGAUUUGUUUGAUGAAAAAUAUACUGAUCAAUUAUUUAUUAGUUAUACUUUUAUUGAAGUAUAUAAUAUACAUAUCAUCCAAA